AUGGAAACUAAUAUAUACGGAAAGGAAAACAAUAAAUCGAGUCUAUUCAAGGCUGAACGACAAGGUGAAACUCGAACCAAUCCUAAGAGGAUUGCGCUCGCACAAAAAAACGUUAACACGCAAGAUGCAAAGACGGAUUAUUUCAAAAAACGAAAUGAUGGUGAAAAGUACAAAGUAGUCAUGAAAUCUCAAAAAGAUUCAGACAAUGUAAGAAGGAAUGAAAAAAAUGCGGUCUUUGUUCAAAGAGAGCAAACCAAAAACCUCGGCAGACACGAAUUACAUACAAGAAAGGAUGGCGUCAAGAAUCCUAGUCAAUCAAAACAGACUGAAAAUACUCCUGUGAAAGCUAAGAAUGCAUCUCGUAAAGUCUGGUCAUUAGACGACUUUGAAGUAGGUGAUCCUCUUGGCCAAGGACGAUUUGGACGCGUUUUCAUGGCUAAAGAAAAAAAAAGUGGUACAAUUGUUGCGCUAAAAGUAAUAUUUAAAAGAGAUUUGAGAGAGCAUAAGCUUGAAGAACAAUUGAAACGAGAAAUUGAGAUUCAAUGUCAUCUGAGACACCCAAACAUUUUGCGCCUAUUCGGUUUCUUUCACGACAAGGAACGCGUUUAUUUAAUAUUAGAAUAUGCAGAGAAAGGAGAGUUAUAUAAGCACCUAUUAAAACGCACCAAAUUUUCUGAGCGUGAGGCAGCAAAGGCUCAUAUGAAGCCAGAGAAUUUGCUGUUAACAAAAAAUGGAUCCAUUAAAAUUUCAGAUUUUGGAUGGGCGGUUCACGUUCCUUCGAAUCAACAAAG